GUGUUGCAUUUUAUAAAAAUAUACGCUGACACCGGAAAUACUGUAGACAUAAAUGUUAUCAAGAAAGAAGACCUUGUAUAUUGGCCUAAUGCUUCCAUACCUUUUUAUAUAGAUCCAGAACAUUAUGAUCAUGAACAGUCUUUGUCUAUUAUGACGUCACUUUCGCUGUUUACUUUCAAAACCUGUUUGAAGUUCAACCCUGUUCUUGUGAAGCCGACUUCAUCCCAGCACGUUAUGGUCUUUGAAAAUCCGAAUGGUGUGAGAAAAUGUGUUUUCAAUACGGCAGGACAUUCAAAAAUAGAACCACAUCGGAUAACACUCGGCUACGCAUGUCUUAAGUCUCCUCAGUUGGAAAUGAUGGUAAUGCGUGCUCUCGGCUUUGGAUUUGAACACAACCGCGCAAGCAGAGACAUCUAUAUUGACGUGCAGUUUGAAAAUAUUGAUUCAGAUGCAUUGGAGUUGUUCUCCAAAGAUGGUAAGCUGCCGCAAGAGUUACGUCCUCUACAAUAUGACGUAAAUAGUGUGACGCAUUUCGGUGAAAGAGAAUUCAGUAAGAAUGGACAUCGGACUAUCAUAUUCAAGGACAAUACGAUACGUCAAAACCGUAACGGUCUUUCAGAUAUGGAUUUACGAAAAAUAGACAUAAUCUACGGACCUGAAUGCAAGAAAAGAGAUCGACAGGAGAAGAUAGAUCAAUGUCAAAAUUACCCUGGCGUUGCUAGAAGGAAACGGGACAUAGAAUUAAGUGCUAUCGGCCCUAGUCUUAGAGUUAAUCGUGAUAUAACCGCUCCACCAAUAAAUAUAACAGACAUAGAAAGUAGUUUAAAUCAUCUAGGCAUAGACAAUGAAGUUAAAGACAUAUUAGAAAAAGUCCACGCAGUUACAGCAAUAGCUUUAAAAAAUGCUAGAAAUAAAUACUGCAAUGAAACGGAUGAUCUUAAAUCGAAAAUGGAAACAUCAGACGUAUUAGGAAUGGUCGAUAUAAUAACUAAAUAUACCAAAUCUAUAGUUGAUCACGCAAUUGACAAUAUAACUGAAUUCUGCGAAACGUCAAAUUCAUUUGAUAAUUACAAUGUUGCCAGAUGUAGCCAUUUUACCGGUAACCAAUGUAAAAUGAUUAAAUCAACGAAAAUCGGUAAUUUAAAAUAUUCAACGAAUCACAGACCGCAGUAUCCGUUCUCGACAAAUUUGUAUAGAGAUUUGAGUAAAUAUGAAAAAUCUAGAUUUAGAAUAGGCAAUGAAACUAUAGAAGAACCUAAAAGACGUAAACGAUCUUUAGGUACAACAGAGAAAAUGCAAGUAAAUAAAAAAGAUAUUACAAAGAAAGAAACUAAAAUAAUAAGUACGACUAAAGUGACAGCAAAUACAACUAAAACAACGGAACAGACUAAAAAUAUAGAAACGAAAUCGACUAAAAUCGAGAAAGAAAUCUUCAAAGAUUCAACAUCGGAUAUUAGAAGACGCUUCGGUGAUUUUCGCGUCCACAAACAGAAAAGAGAUGAAAAACCGGAGAUGUUCGAAUCAGAUAUGUCACUUGAGACGAAAUCGAAAGAGAAAAUAUUCAAAAAGGUACCAACUUUGAAAAAUCAUCGAACACAGAAGAAAAAAAUGUCUGAUAAUUGGGCUAAAGAAAAGAGAAAAAUACAAGAGAAAUCAGAAGCAAAAGCACCGAAAACUGUACAACUUUCUAAAGACAAUUUGGAGUUUUAUUCAGAACGAAGAUGGCCCAACAAUGUUGUGCCAUAUUAUAUAAAAAAUUCAUUAAAAUAUUACGAUUUAGAUUUAGUAAGACAAAGAUUGAAUGAAGUUAAUCGUAUAUUAAAAGCUGAAACCUGCGUACAUAUAAAAGAAAUAAAUGAAUAUGAUGUAAACAAGUACCAAGACUAUUUGGUUCUUGAUCAGAGUCCUGAUUACGUGACUGGCAGAGUUGGUGGCAAACAACAUUUCGGAGUAUUGGAGCUUUUCGAAGGUAAACAGCACAGACAGCAUGCUGCUAUGGUGGUGAUGUCAAUGCUGGGCUUCUACUUCGAGCCAGCGCGACAUGACCGGGAUAAAUAUAUCAGAGUGCACGUGCGACAUAUCAGACCAGAUAAGCUACAUCAUUUUGAGAAGAUGCGAGCUGAAGCUACUUUACCACUGCCGUACGACUACGACAGCGCUACACACCCCGCUUGGCAGUUCUGGAGACAAGUUGGCAGGACUGGCAUUUCUACUGUAGCAACUUAUAAAGAUAAGGAUCCUGACGGCAACGUAAUGAGGUCUUUGGGCCAACAUUUAAAGUUACUGUCCGAUAUUGAUAUUAUAAAAAUAAAUAGCGUAUACGGUAUCGGUUGUUUUCGCUAAUCUAGAAGAAA